AUGACAUUAGUGAGAGAGAGAAGGCAUCAACAAGCACUAAGGCUGUCUCCACCGCCACCACCAAUGAGUACUGCAGCAGCUGACUUCACCCACCGGAGCUUCUUCCCGGCACUGUCCCCAGCCUCCAAUCCUGACUCUCCAGGCAUUAUUGAAAACCUCUCUGAUCUCGAGAAAGUUUCGGUUCUUGGCCACGGGGAUAAUGGCAGCACUGUCUACAAAGUACGUCACAAUAAAAGCUCAUGCAUUUACGCCUUGAAAGUCCUCCGGUUUAACAACAAUGCCGCCACCGGUAUCCUUCAACAGGCCGCGCUUGAGGCGGAGAUCCUCCAACUGGUCGACUCGCCCUACGUAAUAAGAUGUCACGGGGUUUUUGACAAUGGGGCGUUCAUGAUCAGUCCGGAUUAUAAUAACAAUGAAGGUCAUGGUGAUUUGUGUUUUGUGAUGGAGUACAUGGAAGGAGGCUCACUGCAAGAUGUGCUGCAAGCACGUCAGAGGUUACCGGAGCAGGUAAUCUCUGGCGUGGCAAAAUGUGUCCUCCAAGGACUGCACUAUCUACAUGCCAUGCAGAUAGUGCAUAGGGACAUCAAGCCCUCGAACCUCCUCAUAAACGAUAGAGGGGAGAUCAAGAUUGCAGAUUUUGGGGUGAGUCACAUAGUUGCGGGUGGCCAUGAGGACUUGUAUAUGGGUACGUACGCUUACAUGAGUCCUGAGAGGUUUGAUCCAGAGAGGUGGGGUGGUGACAAUGCAGAUGGUUUUGCCGGAGAUGUGUGGUCACUCGGUUUGGUGUUGUUGCAAUGCUACGUUGGCCGGUUUCCACUCCUUGGACCGGAGCAGAAACCGGACUGGCCGACGUUGAUGUGUGUGAUUUGCUUUGGCGGGGAGAAGCUGGAGAUGCCGGAGACGGCCUCACCGGAGUUUCGGAGUUUCAUUUGGAGGUGUCUUGAGAAGGAUUGGAGGAAGAGAGCAAAAGUUGAUGAGCUUCUUGUUCACCCUUUUGUGAAUAAAACUUGUUGCGCUUCUACUGAUCAAGAGCUCAUAAUUUGA